AUGCACAUACCUAAUUAUAAGUCUCAUUCUCCUAAGCGUCUUCUCUACUUUUGUCUCCCUGACGCCUUGUCGCCUUCGCUGCUUCUCUCUGUCCCCUUACCGUCUUCGCUCUUUUUUUUCUUUUACUCUGUAAACUUGAUGUCUUCGUUCGUUCUUUCACUCCAUCUGUCCCCUUGUCGUCUUCGCUCCUUCUUUCUUUCCUUCUGUACCCUUGUGGCCUUUGCUCCUUCUUUCUCUCCUUCUGUGCCCUUGUCGCCUUCGCUCCUUCUUUCUCUCCCUCUCUACCCUUGUCGUGUUCGCUCAUUCUUUCUUUCCCUCUACACGCAUGUUGUCUUCGCGCCUUCUGUCUGUCCCUCUGUCCCCUUGUCCUCAACGCUUCCACUUUCUCUUCCUCUAUACACUUGUCGUCUUCAUUCAUUCUUUCUUUCCCUCUGUACCCUUGUCGUCUUUGCUCCUUCUUUUUCUCCCUCUGUUCCCUUGUCGUCUUCGCUCCUUCUUUCUCUCCCUCUGUACCCUUGUCUUCUCCCCUCUCUCUCCCUCUGUACCCUUGUCUUCUCCCCUCUCUCUCCCUCUGUACCCUUGUCGUCUUCGCUGCUUCUUUCGCUUCCUCUGUACCCUUGUCGUCUUCGCUGCUUCUUUCGCUUCCUCUGUACCCUUGUCGUCUUCCCUCCUUCUUUCUCUCCCCCUGUAUCCUUGUCACCUUCGCUCCCUCUUUCUUUCCCUCUGUGCGCAUGUCGUCUUCGCUCCGUCGAUCUUUCUCUCUGUCUCCUUGUCGUCUUUACUUCCUCUGUACCCUUGUCAUCUAUGCUCCUUCUUUCUGUCCUCUUUUCCUAUACGCUCCGUCUUUAUCUCCCUCUUAAGACUCUCUCUCUCUCUCUCUCUCUCUCUCUCUCUCUCUCUCUCUCUCUCUCUCUCUCUCUCUCUCUCUCUCUCUCUCUCUCUCUCUCUCUCUCUCUCUCUCUCUCUCUGUUUUUCGCCUCUUUCAAACAUGUGUUAUAA